AUGAUGUCCGAAAAAUUCGCUACUACAGAGGGAGUACGUGAAGGCAGAGGACCUGGACCCCUAUUGUUUAUAGUAUUUACGGAUUAUCUGAUAAGACAAAGCAGGCAAAGAAUAAAACCAAUUCUUGUUGGAUACAGGAAGUUGCAAAAGGUGGAAUUAGCAGAGUGCGCAUUUGCAGAUGAUUUGGUGUAG